AUGGGGCUUCUUCGGGACGGGGUGGUAAAGCUGCUCGAUGUGGUGACCAAGGGGUUGCCGCAGCAUGGGGCGGAGCAUCCGCAGCACGAGGCAGAGCAGCCGCACCAUGGGGUGGAGCAGCUGCAGCAGGGGGCGCAGAAGGCGCAGCAGGGGGCGGAGCAGGCGCAUCAGGGGGUGGAACAGGCACAGCAGGGGACGGAGCAGGCGGAGCAGGGGGUGGAGAGCCAGCAGCAGCCUCAAUAG